GAUUUUAUAAAUUGUAUUUAUAAAUCUAAAAAUAUAUCAAUAAAAUUAAAGCAAUAUUAUUAAAUAAAUCAUAAACAGUUAGAAAACUUAUCUGUAUGAUAUAAUAAGCAGAGGCGAUAUAUAGGCAAACAAACAAGUUCCGUUGGCAUUCAAAGGCGACGCUUGUUGCUGCAUCAGAGAUAAAGGAAAACUUUGUGGACUUGUGCACCUCGCAGUCUUCUGUCCCUGAUACAAUGUCGACGGCGCAAAUUGGAACUGCACCAGCGAUUGCACACAUGCUAAUGACGCCCAAAUCCAGGGAUGCAAGCAAACCAGUCAGCCCUUCAGAACAUUUACGAAGAAUGAUGCCCCACCAGGAUGCCAAUGUUUUACGCAUGCAAAGAGAUCUCAAUAGUCCCAGCGCCUCUUUGCGCAUGCGUGCCCUACGUGCCUUAAGGAGUCCAAAUAAAGCAUAUUCCAAUUUUGAUGUACCACUUGCCGAACAAAGCAUUAUUACAGCAGAUGAACGUAAUCCGGUUCCAGAGACAAGUCUAUCCGAUAUUUUAAAGGAUGUAAUUGUCUACGUUGAAGUACGCACUGGCAACGACAAUCGCUCUGAGGGCGUCAAAUCCAUCAUUUCCAAACUGGGCGCCCAAGUGAAUGAUCGUCUAUUGCGCACUACCACACACGUGGUCUUCAAGGACGGCUUGUUAUCAACAUAUAAACGUGCUCAGAGCUGGAAUAUACCCAUUGUGUCCAUAUUGUGGAUUGAGGCAUGCAAAGUGCAGCGUCGCCUCUGUGAGCCAAAACAGUUUCCCAUUAGUAAUAUCCAUAUGUAUGAAUAUCCGGAGCUCUACGGUAAAUUGACGCGCGCUCGUUAUAUGCAACCAGACUCGGAGCUGAAUAAACGACGCAAGCGGCCAGCAACACCAACUGGCGUAAAGGAUCAAGAGAAAAGCAAGAAGGCAGCCACGGCAGCAGCAAGAACUCCAACUUCUACGCCUAAGCAGAAUGACAUCACACGCUUCUUUAAACCUUUGAGCCAAAACAAACAUCUUGUGGAAGACGAGGUCACAGAAUCGCCAGCUACCAAGCUACUAAAUAGAAUCACAAAUGGAUUCUUCAACACUCCACAAAGAACGGAAUCGAAGGAACCCAAUGCCAAUCCAAAUGAAGUCGAUUUCAAUGCCAUUGGCGAUGUGGCAAGGGAAAAUUCAAUGGCCCCAAAGAGUUUGAACUUCAGCCAAGAGAAACGAGCUAGCAAGCCACGGAGCAGUUCCAUUAGUGUGGAACCAGCACACGUUCAAAGACCACAAGUUCGGACUCCUCGUCGCAGCAGCUCCGUGAAUACAAUUGACAUUGCCAGCGACAAAGUGCAAUCAGAACCGCGAAUGACGCGACGACGCAGCCUAAUAACCAAGUCAACAGCUCACGAAGAGUGUUCCACACCACCGCCCACAUCGGAGCCGGAUGAGCCCAGAACGCGUCGUCGCUCGUCCUUGCAGGCAACUGACCUGCAGUCACCGGCAGUGAGUGAGUCGAGGAUAACGCGUCGUCGUAGCUUAACCCACAUUUCGACGACAGUAGAGCUUAGCACACCAAAGGUGCUGAAGAAACCAUCGUUUCAAUCGAUCGCCGAAGAGACGUUGGCCGAGCAAACAAAUGAAAACAAAACCAAUCAUGUUGAACAAUCGAUGGACGUUACUCCGACGUGUGCUCACGUUAUAUCAAAAGUAAAGGGACGCCGUACAAUGUAUGUAAGCGAACAUAUGGAAAUCAGUGAGAUGAACAACGAGAAUGUUAAUCCUUAUUUGGGAUCAAAAAGUUCGAGUAGCAUGCUGGUAGACACAACGCCACAAACGUCAAAAGAUAGCUUCGUAACCACCAAAACGUCGCCAGACAGCUCCGAAACACCAGUGCCAAUCUUCAGCUCAACUCGUUUGCCAGGUAGCUCCAACUCGAGUUCCAGCGCAAAUCGACGUCGAACGAUCUUUAGCGUAGAUAUGGAGUUGAUAAACGAUCGUAUCAAUCAUAUUAAUACCACAUCCAAGCGGCGAUCUCUGGCCUUGGUCCCUGACAUGGAGAAUGACGAGCCUCGCCCUUUAGUGCCACUGCAGGCGGUGGCUGUUGAUGCAAUUAAUACUGCUGACAAGCAGACGGAAAAGACUGAACCAAAAAAGCGAAAACUUUUUACACCCAAUGAAGAGGUGAUUGUCACACCUCCGAAAUCAAGCAAGAAAGGACGUCGCAGUUCAAUUGGAAGCACAUCUUCAAGCGGUACCCUGAAACGCCGACGAACUUUGGCAACGCCUAAACCGACGGCUGCAGUUGGACCCAAUCUACAAAAGGAAGGCGAUGUUAAUAGCGCUGAAAGCACAACCCCGAUAGUUAUGCGCAGAAGAUCUUCGCUUAAAAAACAGCCUAUAUUGCAUACUUUAGUGCACACCAACAUGCAUAAGGAUCAGGUGCAGGUCAUCCACAAGGCCAUACGCAAAUUACGUGGAAUGCGCCUGGAUCCUACAGUCACCAAGAAUACCACUCACCUGGUUAGCCUGGAGCCUCGCCGCACUCUUAAUCUUUUACGUGGCUUGAUGCGUGGCGUUUGGAUUGUGAACUACAAAUGGAUUCUGGAUUCGAUGCGUGCAGGUAAAUGGCUAAACGAGGAGAAAUAUGAACUCACUUCAUUCUCACGUGCCAUUGAGAUUUGUCGCACGGAGCGUCAAGCGUUUGGCAUAUCCUAUAAGUGUGAACUUUUCCGUUAUAUGGAAACUUUUUACGUUUCAUCUCUCUGCCGACCUAUAACCUUCAAUAACAUCAAGGAGCUGCUGUUUCUAGGGGGCGCUAAGAUAACUGAGAAUCGCUAUAAGGCCAAGUUCAUCGUUGGCGAUAAGCGACGCGCCGAAGAUGAUCGCAUUUACCUAACGCCCGCUUGGGUUUUGGACAGCAUAACGGCUAUGCAAAUUCAAAAGUUUAGUAAAUAUUUGAUGAAGAGCGCUAUAGUCACCCCCUAUGGCAUUCGCUACGAGGAUCCGCGUGAGGAACCCGAGAGACCGAAUAGAAAGAACCUAAAAGUCUGCUAUAAAGACCCGGCAUUGGUGAUCAACAAAUAGACUUGUUUCGUUGAGUUUCAAUUCGGGUUGGUUUGAAUUUUUUCCAAAUUUUAAUUGUAUUAUAUAUAUUAUUGUUUAAAUAUUCUGAACCCAAGACGAAGAUUAAACACACAUUGAAUCCAUUUAGCAAUCGUUCGCUUUAUUUGAAAUAUCGUUUGCAUUUUACUUUGCAAGUAAAUGAGGUAAAUUGAGUUGUAUUGUUUGCAUUUUCCUUGUACUGUUUGUUGUAGGUUUGUACUUUUAACAGUUCCCAUUUAGGGCUAAUGAAUCGAGCGUCUAAUGAUACUAUUUUGGGAAUAAAUCGCUGCAGGUUGAUGGAAAAUUAAAAUCAUAAUCUAAAUUGGCGCUGUAAAUAAAAAGAUGGCAACCUAAAAAGUGCUGAAAAUGCGUGAAAAACGAAUAAAUACAAAAUGAUGCGGUUUUAUUUCUUGUAAAUAAAGUUAUUUAUCUUUUUGUUUCUUCUAGUGUUUUUGUUUCAAAUUAUAGUGUACAAAGUAGUUGGUGCAAAAGUAAGAUAAGAUAUAAAAUCAAAAUUUUAAUUUAUACGAAUGAAUACAUAAAUGCUUAUACGCCUGCGCUACUGCUACGCAAUUAUACGAACUAAAUAUAAUAUUACAAUGAAAUCUAUUCAUUAUAAUAUUAUACACGUAGGUAAACUUAAGAUUGAGGGGGGUUGGUUUGAUUAAAGUCUUCCGUCUUCUUUUUCUGCUUUGUAGCUGCUCUCCUCUCCACUCAAUCGCUUAGGCAGCUUCGAUGGCGUCAAACAUUCGUAUCCGACGAAAUUCU